GUUGAGCUUGCGCCAGGCCGGUUCGUCCUUCCAAGCGGUCAUGCACGAACACAGCCCGCAAGGGCUUUUCCGGCGCAGACCGUUAAAACUGGUUGGACGUUGUUGAGCACAGGGAGCGUCGUAGUGCUGGUUCUCCAAGCUCUCAUUCAAAGGUUCCUUCCUGGCUUCUUCAUGAACAGGGAAGUGAGGAAGGCUGGGCAAAGGCUGAAAAGGAAAGAGCCCGCCCCUGCACGGCCUCUCGAGGAGGAAUACAUCAAGGACUUCAUCAAUUCACCUCAAGGUGAAGCUUUGAGCACCCCUUCCUUCUUGGUGGUCAGUGGUUCCCAAGGCAUUGGGAAACCAACCAUGCUGAACAAUCUCAUGUGUGAGCAUGUGAAGAAUGGCAAAAGGGCGCUACCCCAAGCGUUACAAGCCGUAGAUUUGCCCCGAUAUGACCCGUCAAAUGUCAAAUUUUUGCUGGAACGGGUGAAUGAGACGUCCAAGCACCGAACAGGCAGUGCCGUCGUCGUAUACCUGCAACUCACAACCAAAAGCCGCGGAGACAAAUUUAGUAGGGAUGCCUGUGAUGACAUUGCUUCCACCCUCGGUGCCUUCGCUCGCAACAUCACCUACGACAAUGCCGCGUGCAAGUUCAUUUUGGAGGUCAGCGUGUCUGCAGUGGCAGACAUCAUCAAAGAAAGGUUUGCUGUAACAUGUCAAGGUCAGAAAGGUGCGGAUGCGGUCAUCGAGCGGGUUGAGCAGUGGUACAACCGGAGGGUGGAACCAAUUGAAAAGAAAUUGGAUGACCAGGAAGUGAAGGACUAUCUCCUCAAGGUGGCUGAGGCAGGACUCAUGGGGUAUCUCCCAAACAGCAAGCAGACGACCCAAAUGACUUUGAAUCUUCUUCGUGAGGAGCCAGCAGACUGCGUCCUGAGGAGUACAACCAGUGAAACUGUGGCUUUGAAGCAUUGGCAUUUCAUCGCCAAGCUCUUUGAAGAGGAUGAGCAGAAGUUGAGGGAUGCAGGAUACAUGUGA